AUGGCGACUCGGUACUCUUCCGCUCUCCGCUCCAUCUCUCGCUCAUGUCGCGCGACACGGUCGCACACGUUGGCGGGUCCCUCACGAUGCCUCGCGACGGAGGCCGCCGCGUCCACGUCGACGCCCCCUCCGCCGGCGGACCCGAAGCUCAACAAAAUCGUGGACGACAUCUCCGGCCUCACGCUCCUCCAGGCCGCGGACCUCGUCUCGUUGCUCAAGUCACGGCUCAACAUCCAGGAGAUUGCCAUGCCGGCGGCGGCGGCUGCCGCGCCCGCAGCAGCGCCCGCUGAGGAGGUCGAGGUGGAGAAGCCCAAGGAGAAGACGUCCUUCAACGUCAAGCUUGAGGCGUUUGACGCCGCUGCGAAGGCUAAGGUUAUUCGCGAGGUCAAGGCUAUGGUUCCCAACCUUACGCUCAUUGAGGCUAAGAAGUUCGUUGAGUCACUACCGCAAACGCUCAAGGAGAACGUGUCGAAAGAGGACGCGGAGAAGCUUAAAAAGACGUUCAUGGACCUGGGCGCGACCGUCACGCUCGAGUAA